AUGAGUGACUUGGAAUUCACUUCUAUAGAUUUUGAGAAAUAUAACACUAACACUCUCGAAGAAAAAAGUGAUGAUGAUAUUGAUCAAAUUGCCCUUGCAAGUGCUCGAGCCCUACUAGAUAAUGAUGAAAAUAAUGAUAUGGAUUGGAGUGAGAAUACUUCAUCUUCAUCGCAACAGACAUCAUUAUCCUCUGAUAUUAGCCAUCCAAGAAAGUUAUGUCGCAUUACUACAAAUGCAAAAAAAGCUAUACUUGACCAAUUAUUUGAAUUUGAAGAAAAACUACCUGAAACUGCAAUAUUAAAAGUAUUGUCAGAGCUUCAAACUAUUUUUUUAGACUGGACAGCUGAAAGAGUUAAACAGUAUUUAAGAAAUAACUGCCACAAGGUUCAAAAAUAA